AAGCCUUUGAACAAAUUAAACAGGAAAUAGUUCAUGCAGUAGCCCUUGGGCCAGUCCGAACAGGACCAGACGUAAAGAAUGUGCUCUACACCGCAGCCGGGGAGAAUGGUCCCACCUGGAGCCUCUGGCAGAAAGAACCUGGGGAAACUCGAGGUCGACCCCUGGGGUUUUGGAGUCGGGGAUACAGAGGAUCUGAGGCCCGCUAUACUCCAACCGAAAAGGAGAUAUUGGCAGCAUAUGAGGGAGUUCGAUCUGCUUCGGAAGUGGUCGGUACUGAAGCGCAGCUCCUUCUGGCACCCCGACUGCCGGUACUGGGUUGGAUGUUCAAAGGAAGGGUCCCCUCUACACAUCAUGCAACUGAUGCUACAUGGAGCAAGUGGGUUGCACUGAUUACUCAGCGGGCUCGAAUAGGAAACCCCAGUCGCCCAGGAAUCCUGGAAGUGAUUAUGGACUGGCCAGAAGGCAAGUACUUUGGGAUAUCAUCAGAGGAGGAGGUGGUCCGUGCUGAAGAAGCCCCACUGUACAACAAGCUACCAGAAAAUGAGAAGAAAUAUGCCCUGUUCACUGAUGGGUCCUGUCGUAUUGUGGGAAAGCAUCGGAGAUGGAAAGCUGCUGUAUGGAGUCCUACACGACGAGUUGCAGAAGCUGCUGAGGGAGAAGGUGAAUCGAGUCAGUUUGCAGAAGUGAAAGCUGUUCAGCUGGCCUUAGAUAUUGCUGAACGAGAAAAGUGGCCAGUUCUCUAUCUCUACACUGAUUCAUGGAUGGUAGCAAAUGCCCUGUGGGGGUGGCUACAGCAAUGGAAGCAGAACAACUGGGAACGCCGGGGCAAACCCAUCUGGGCUGCUGCAUUGUGGCAAGAUAUUGCUGCCCGGGUAGAGAACCUGGUUGUAAAGGUACGCCAUGUAGAUGCUCAUGUGCCCAAGAAUCGGGCUACUGAAGAACAUCAAAACAACCAGCAGGUGGAUCAGGCUGCUAAGAUUGAAGUGGCUCAGGGACAUGGAUUUAACAAAUGGACCACUCAGUGGGUAAGGAAUUGGCUGGAUGGUCACACUCAGAAGAGUUGCAAUCAAUGGCUCCAUGAGACCAGUGAUGAGUGGUGUUCCUCAGGGUCAGUAUUGGAAAUAUUUAACAUCGUUAUCAAUGACAUGGACAGUAGGAUUGAGUGCACCCUCAGCAAAUUUGUGGGCAACACCAAGCUGUAUGGUACAGUCAACAUGCUGGAGGGAAGGGAAGCCAUAAGGAGGAACCUAGACAGUCUUGAGGGGUGGGCCCAUGCCAACGUCAUGAAGUUCAACAAGACUAAGUGCAAGAUCCUGCACCAAAGGAAGCAAGGCCAGCAGGUCAAGGGAGGUGAUUCUACUCUACUCUUGCGAGACCCCACCUGA